UCCUCUUCUCCCGACCGAGAGGUCGUGAUGUAGUAAUGCCAGCCAGACUUCUGAGAGCCCUGGACAGAUCUCACUGUAUUUUAUCAAAGGCAUGUCAGUGCCGAAGACUUGUUCACCUGAUAUCAAAGCCCCUGAAGAAAUUUGAAAAUACAGCAUGUGGCCCUCUGGCAACCCAUCAGAACCUGGACCUGGUCCUUCCUGAUACAGCAGCUUGUGGUUUGAAUAAGUCUCAGAUCCUAGAAAUUAAUCAGAAAAUAUCAAAUACAAGUACUGUUUCUCCAACGAAUGCUGUGCAUUGUGGGGAUGAAAAGGCAUACCUGCCAGCCAUGAAACCACUUGGUGUUCCCAGGAAAGUGACACACAAACCAAGUCUUUUGGGUUCUAAGUGGUUUAUAAAAGUAUUAAAGGAGCGUUACUCAUCUCUGUCAUCGGAAACACUUGUUCCAAAACAAGAUCUUCCACAAAUCAAGAGACCACUGAAAGCAUCUAGGACCAAACAACCAUCCAGGACCAACCUUCCCGUGCUGGCUGUGAAUGAGGACCUGAUGCACUGCACAGCAUUUGCUACAGCUGAUGAGUACCAUCUUGGAAAUCUCUCCCAAGACCUGACUGCCCGUGGAUAUGUUGAAGUAACAAGUUUGCCUAGAGAUGCAGCAAAUAUCCUGGUGAUGGGCGUAGAAAGCUCUGCAAAAGAAGGGGAUCCUGGAACAAUAUUUUUCUUCAGGGAAGGAGCGGCUGUGUUUUGGAAUGUGAAAGACAAAACUAUGAAGCAUGUGAUGCAAGUUUUGGAAAAACACGAAAUUCAGCCCUAUGAGAUCGCGUUGGUCCACUGGGAAAAUGAAGAGCUGAACUACGUGAAAACAGAGGGGCAGUCAAAACUCCACAGAGGGGAAAUUAAGUUAAAUUCUGAGCUGGAUUUAGAUGACAGCAUCCUGGAGAAGUUUGCCUUCUCAAACGCCCUUUGCCUUUCAGUGAAACUGGCUAUUUGGGAAGCAUCACUGGAUAAGUUUAUUGAAUCUAUUCAGUCUAUUCCAGAGGCUUUAAAAGCUGGGAAGAAAGUGAAACUAUCUCAUGAAGAAGUUAUGCAGAAAAUGGGUGAACUCUUUGCUCUGAGACAUCGUAUAAACUUGAGUUCAGACUUCCUGAUCACUCCUGAUUUCUACUGGGACAGAGAGAACCUGGAAGAGCUCUACGAUAAAACCUGUCAGUUCCUCAGCAUUGCCCGUAGAGUGAAGGUCAUGAAUGAAAAGCUUCAGCACUGCACGGAACUGACGGAUCUCAUGCGGAACCACCUGACUGAGAAGAGGGCCCUGCGCCUGGAGUGGAUGAUCGUCGUCCUCAUCACCAUAGAGGUCCUGUUCGAACUGGGACGGGUAUUUUUCUGAUCAAGUGACAGUGAGAGGAAAGUGCCAUUGCAAGA